GGGGCCCCCCCUAUGGGGCUCCGCGCGGCGAUCAUGCUGCAACCUCUCAGGCGGUUGAGGCUUCAGCUCCAGCUCCAGUUGAUUCUAUGCAGUCGCCCAUGGUAGAGUCUUCGGCUCCAGUUGAUCCUACUGAUCCAGUUCCAACUCCGCCGUCUCCCAUGGUUGAGUUAUCUCGCCAUGAGUCACCAGGCGAGGAGUCAUCAGGCGAGUCGUCAUCCGGCGAGGAGUCAUCCGACGAGGAGUCAUCCGACGAGGAUAGUAUUCCUCCUCCUGAUGUUGAUGCUGAUGUCGUGCCAGAGGCACAGGCUACCACACGACCGUGUACUGGAUAUGGAUGUUGCAGGAUCUUGGUCGAGUGUCCGAGUACGCGUGGGGCGCGAUUGCGCUCGCUACGUUGUACGACCAGCUUGAUCGAGCGUCCAGGAGGGGGACGGCCCAGAUGGGAGGUUUCAGCUCACUCCUGCUAGGAUGGGCCUACGAGUACCUUUCUGACCGCGUCAUUAUCCGGAGGGCGGAUCCAGACUACUCGCAGGACCAGCCUAGGGCGCGGCGGUGGGUUACGUCCCGGGUCGGGCAUGCAGGCCUCGAUGAGAGGCGAGUCAUGCUCGAUGAGCUGACGGUGGAUGACAUUAUAUGAACCCCAUUUGAGGACCAUCGGGCUCAUCGACCACGGGAUCAGAGGGCCAUGUAUUCUGGCUACAUCCGGACGCCAUUUGGCCUUGUUGUUCGACGACAUCUACCAGAGAGGGUUCUGCGCCAGUUUGGCUACAUACAGGAUGUCCCUCGACACCCCUCUGAGAUCCAGACGACUGGGUCCCUUGCUGAGACCGCAGAUGCUGCCUAUGCUGAUUUUGUGCCGCACAUGCGCCCUCAGGGGAUCCCUGCUACUUAUUCGGGAGAGGCUGUGGAUGAUUACAUGAGGUGGUAUAGCGGUGUGUCCCAUCGGUUCAUCAUCCCUGAUGAUAGGAGGGAGGAGUUCAGUGCUGUGACGGUUGUGCGUCGGGCCGUGGACUUGUUGGAGCAGUCACUGGAGGUGCCAGAUGCUCUUGCAGUUGGCACGCAUGCCCGAUCCCUCACUGAGAGGGCGCUGGAUCUUAUUAGAUCCAGCGCCUUCAUCGGUACCCAGGGAGUAGCCUUUGCUGCUGUCCGAGGAGCUGGAGCUGCAGGAGGCAGAGGUCGUGGAGGUAGAGCGCGUGGAGGCAGAGCUCGUGGAGGCAGAGCCUGUGGAGACGGUACACCUGCAGAGGGCGCUCGUGGAGGCAGAGCCCGUGGACCUAGAGGUCGUAGGGGGGGCGGUAGGGGUCGGGGCGAGUGAUUGACUGUAUAUUUGUAUAUUUUUUGUGUACUUUUAUAUUAUGACAUGUGACGCUUUGUAUGGAUUCUCUUUAUAUUAACCAUGCUUUCUAUUUCCACUUAUUA